CCAAGCUCAGCACCAAAAAACUCAAACGGCCCAUGUUGAAUCGUGCAGCAUCGAUAGCAGCCACGAAUCCAUCCCGAAUAAUUCACAUGGAAAACAACGAAGCAUCGCCCUUAUCAACCCUUACUGGCAUAAAUUUAAACCAACAAAACAGAUUUAAAACCGCUGCCCCUUGCAUGAUGGUUAGGUGGCGAAACGAUGCCGAAUCGGCUUUGGAUCUAUAUCCUUCGGAUGAUUUUGAAUAUAUGGAAGUUGGUCCUUCGCCUCCGGCUGAGAGUGCGCCCAGUAUGUAUGAUAGUUUUGACGAGCCUUCGGCGGAAUUGAGUGUCCAGAUUUGUGGUGAGACUAUUAGGAACAGUUUACAUGACCAGAUGCGAAGUGCUAAUGAACGUACGAAAUUGCUGGAUGAUAUCGAGUCGGGUGAUAUUGUAGCUGGUAACGUGCCCCAGUUUUUUGACCAAGAUUCGUCGAAACAUGAGAAGCAACUUUGUGUUUUGUGGGCGUGUUUUUUGAAACGUUGGGACCUAGUAGCGCCUUUGUUGGAUUUAGGAGCUGAUGUUAAUUUUGCGGAUGCUAAUGGGUUGUCUGGGUUGCAUUUGGCCGCUUUCAGCGGCUGUUUAGCAAGUACCAAAGAACUCAUAGCACGAGGCGCCGAUGUAAACCAGUGUUUGAAGUGCUAUACACCUUUGCAUUGUGCGGCUUUCGGCGAUUCGCCCGAAACUGCUAAAAUGUUGAUAAACAACGGUGCACGUAUAAUAACCCACACAAAUCGCUUGAACUGCGAAGAAUCCCUACUACACUGUGCUGUACGUGCUAACGCUGUCGAAUGUGUAGGUCUAUUUAUUUCUGAAGGUGCUGAUGUAAAUUCUAUAAAACCGAAUGGCACAAACGCUAUACACUUGGCUGCGGAUUUGGGGCACGCACAAUGCCUGUCUGUACUUUUAGAUUCACCAGGAGCCGAUCCGAAUAUAAGAAUUUGUGUACGCGAAAAAGAGUCCACAGCUUUGCACUUAGCAGCCGAUGAAGGUAAUUCUGAGUGCGUCAAUUUGCUUUUAGCCAAAGGCGCCGAUGCUACCCUAAAAAACCAUAGAGGCUUCACAGCUUUGCAUUUAGCCGCACGCACAUCAAGCCUUGAGUGUGUCGAAAGCCUAUUACGUCAAGGGGGUGCUGAUCCGAAUGCUGAAGAUUUUGAUCACAGGACGCCACUGCACGCAGCCAUCGGCAAAUCGGAGUCGGCGUUUGAUAUUUUAGAAACCCUGAUUGCAUGGGGCGCUAACGUGAACCAGAAGGAUGUUUAUGGGUUUACGGCAUUGCAUUUAGCGGCUUUAGACGGGUUAUCCCAGUGUGUAGAAAUGCUUAUAUUUCACGGUGCUGAUGUCACAACUAAGUCAAAAAAAGGCAACUCGGCUUUGAAUGUUAUUACACGUAAAACACCUGCAAGUCUGGCUAUGAUUGACCAAAAACUAGAUAAUGCAAUAACUUUGCACCACAGUCGCGAAUCUAGCAACAGGGAAGUAGAAUUGGAACUUGAUUUUAGAAGUAUCCUCCAGCAUUGUCACCCACGUGAAAUAAGUUACUUGAACACGUUUGUGGACGAAGGGCGUAAAGAAAUCCUGCAACAUCCCUUGUGUGCGGCUUUUUUGUACGUAAAGUGGGAAAAAAUCAGGAAGUACUAUAUUGCACGCCUGGUGUUUUGUUUUAUUUUCGUCUUGUUUUUGACUUUAUACGUCUUGACAGCUUUGGCUCACAAUUGUUACAAUGGUAGCAAAGACAUGGAAGAAACUAUACAGGAACAAGAAUUAUGCCAAAAACAGUCAAUGCUUGGUGAUAUGCUCCGAAAUAACCCUUUUGUCAUGGAGAUGCAAUGGUGGGUGUUGGUCGCUAUAACCGUAUUCGAGAUAUGCAGAAAAGUUUAUGGUAUCACCGGGUAUUCUACUGUACGCCAAUACGUGACCCAGUUGGAAAACAUUAUCGAGUGGUUUGUAAUAAUCAGUGUAUUUGUAAUAAGUUACAUUUACACUAACAGGACGUACACUUGGCAAAAUCAUGUGGGUGCUUUUGCAGUCCUCUUAGGCUGGACAAAUUUGAUGCUGAUGAUAGGCCAGUUGCCGGUGUUUGGCGCCUAUGUAGCAAUGUACACAAAAGUCCAGGGCGAAUUUGCUAAACUCCUCAUGGCAUACUCCUGCAUGCUCGUAGGCUUCACCAUAAGUUUUUGCGUAAUUUUCCCGUCGUCAUCAUCAUUUGCGAACCCUUUUAUGGGCUUUAUAACCGUCUUGGUGAUGAUGACCGGUGAACAAGACUUAGCACUUUUGAUUAAUGAUCCUGAUGGUAAAGACCCGCCGUUUUUGCUCGAAAUAUCAGCACAAAUAACGUUUGUGCUUUUUUUGCUGUUUGUUACAGUUAUAUUGAUGAACUUGCUUGUGGGUAUUGCUGUACACGAUAUUCAAGGGCUAAAAAAAACUGCAGGUUUGAGCAAAUUGGUACGCCAAACCAAAUUAAUCUCCUACAUCGAAUCAGCUUUAUUCAACGGUUAUUUACCGGCCUGGCUAAGACGCAUGCUACACUGGUCAGCCCUGGUGAGCCCUCAAGCCUACAGGGUCGUCUUAAGCGUGAAACCCUUAAACCCCGGUGAAAAACGCUUGCCAAGGGACAUCAUGAUGUCGGCGUACGAUAUUGCGAAAACCAGAAAACACUUAGGUCAUACAAUUUCAUCCAAAGGGUCGACAGCGACCUAUUUUUCCUACAAGAGCAAAUUGGAGAACAAUAAUGAUAAGUCGGAUUCCGAUGGUGGUUUUGAUAGUGCAAGUGUUUGCACUUUGCAAAAUAAGAUUGAUGAUAAUGCAGAACGUAUAGAGUUGUUGACUUUGGAGGUUAGGGAUUUGAAGGAUGUUUUGGCUGCUAAUCAGAAAACUGUGGAGAAAUUGCUGGCUGUGCUGGUUAAGCAGAGUCAUCAUGGGAAUAGUUUGGGGAAGAAGAGCAAGUCGUAGGGAUUGAAAAAUAAGCUGAAAAAAUAGUGAAGGUAAAGGACAAUUUUGACAAGGUAAGGGAGAAAGUGAUAAUUAGAACAAGGGUAAUACUACAAGACAAACAUGAUUAUUAUGUCUGGUACUAGUUUUGGUGCUUAGAUGGCCAAACUAGUUUUGUACAAAUUCAGUGAUUAUCUGGUGAAAAAUUAAGGUGGAAUGUGAUAAAGUAGGACAAAAUUAUUAAUGACGAGAUAAAGGAUAAAGUGAUAGCACAGGACAAAAAGAGAUGAAUUCAAGGACUUUUUCUAAUAAUUACUGGGUACUGAUUUUGGUGAAUUUUUAGAUUAAGGAGACAAGUUUUGCAAACAAGGCAAGAGUGAUAAUUAGGACAAUUAUGACAAGGCAAGAGUGUUAAUAAAAGACAAACGUGAUUAUUAUCUCUGGUACUAGUUUUGUGCAUAGAUGGUCAUACUAGUUUUGUAAUCAAUCAUCAAUUUUCUGGUAAAAUUUAACUGGUGAUAAUGCAGGAUAAAAUGUGGCGAAUUCAAUUCUUCAGCAACGUUAAAAAUGUUAAAAGAAAUUAUAUUUAAUUGUUAAUUGUUAAUUGAGA